GGAUCUGCCAUUGGAUUUGUUGGGGGAGAUAUCUCUGUUUGAGUUGCGCUGUUGUUGGUCAUUAUAUUGUUUAUUUUUCUAUUUUACUUGUGUACGAAAUCACACUAAGCGGAACUGUAUUACCUACAUGUCAAUAUAUAUUUUUAAAUGGGAUAUGUAGAUACGCAUGUACAAUGACAUAUUAGUUCAAAUUAUAUUAACCCGGCAGAGGUUUCAGUGGUAGUGCCUGAGGAUGGCCGCUGCUGCGGGUGUAAACAAGCAGGGGACCGCUGCAGCAAUGGACGCUUGUGUUCGCCACAGCAGAGCAACUGCUGGGAACACAGUGAAGGUGUUGGAGUGUGGAGUGUGUGAAGAUGUCUUUUCUCUACAAGGGGAUAAGGUUCCCCGGCUGCUACUCUGUGGACACACCGUGUGUCACGAUUGCCUCACCCGCCUGCCCCUGCACGGCAGGGCUGUCCGCUGCCCCUUCGACAGACAGGUCACUGAACUCGGCGACUCUGGGGUGUGGGGGCUGAAGAAGAACUUUGCUUUGCUGGAACUGCUGGAGAGGCUGCAGCAUGGAGCCUCAAACCAGUCGGGUAUGAUGGAGGACGCCCUCGGAGGGGCGGGAGAGUGCAUCAUCCGCUGCGAUGAGGACGAGAGCCACACGGCCUCCAUGUACUGCACCGUGUGCGCCACCCACCUGUGCUCCGAGUGCUCCCAGCUCACCCACUCCACCCGCACGCUGGCCAAGCACCGCCGCGUGCCCCUCGCAGACAAGCCCCACGAGAAGACCCUCUGCCCCCAGCACCAGGUGCACGCCAUCGAGUUUGUCUGUCUGGAGGACGCCUGCCAGCCUGGCCCGCUCAUGUGCUGCGUGUGCAAGGAGUACGGCAAGCACCAGGGACACAAGCAUGCAGUGCUCGAGGCGGAGGCCAACCAAAUCCGCGCUUCCAUCCUGGACAUGGCGCACUGCAUCCGCUCGUUCACAGAAGAAGUGUCGGAGUACUCCAGGAAGCUGGUGGGCAUUGUGCAGCAGAUCGAGGGUGGAGAGCAGAUCGUGGAGGACAGCAUCGGCAUGGCCCACACUGAACACGUCCCCGGAGCGGCGGAGAGUGCCCGCUCUUGCGUGAGGGCCUACUUUGCCGACCUCCACGAGACGCUGUGCCGCCAGGAGGAGAUGGCCCUCAGCGUGGUGGAUGCCCACGUCAGGGAGAGGCUCAUCUGGCUCAGGCAGCAGCAGGAGGACAUGACCAUCCUGCUGUCCCAGGUCUCCACUGCCUGCCUGCACUGCGAGAAGACACUGCAGCAGGACGACUGCAGGGUUGUGAUGGCCAAGCAGGAGAUCACCAGGCUACUGGAAACCCUGCAGAAGCAGCAGCAGCAGUUCACCGAGCUGGCCGACCACAUCCAGCUGGACUCCGGCAUCCCCGUCACCUUCACAAAGGAUAACAGAGUCCACAUCGGUCCAAAGAUGGAGAUCCGUGUGGUGACCCUGGGCCUGGAUGGUGCUGGGAAAACCACCAUUCUGUUUAAGCUAAAACAGGAUGAGUUCAUGCAGCCCAUACCCACAAUAGGUUUCAAUGUGGAGACGGUGGAGUACAAAAAUCUGAAGUUCACUAUCUGGGAUGUGGGUGGUAAACACAAGCUUCGCCCGCUGUGGAAACACUACUAUCUAAACACGCAAGCGGUGGUGUUCGUGAUUGACAGCUGUCACAGAGACCGACUGAUGGAGUCUCACAGUGAGCUGGCUAAACUGCUGACAGAAAAGGAGCUUCGAGAUGCACUGUUACUCAUUUUUGCUAACAAACAGGACGUCCCCGGAGCGGUGUCGGUGGAGGAGAUGACGGAGUUGCUGAGCCUUCAUAAGCUGUGCUGCGGGCGGAGCUGGCACAUCCAGGGCUGUGACGCCCGCAGCGGGAUGGGCCUCCAUGAGGGCCUGGACUGGCUGUCCCGGCAGCUGGUGGCUGCAGGCGUCCUGGACGUGGCCUGAGGCCCCACCCACUGACCUCUCUGCACUGGAACCUGCCCUCUCCCUCAGCCCAGCCCAGCCCAGCCCAGUCACCUUCUCUCCGUGAUGUGAUGAACAUUUCCUAGCACACAGCAGCAGCUAGAAGUCCAUCAUAGGUCGAUGCUUCAUGUUUCUUGAGUAGCAGCAUUUGCAAAUAAACAAGGCUGGUGUUGGAUGUGCCCUCUAUUGAAACAAACUGCUCAAUGAUAGUUGACAACUUACUAACGCACCUAUGAGACUAUUUCCAUCAUACCUUGCUGAGUGUGGAAAUGUUAACUUUAGAGCAUAAUUUAACAAUUAAGGUUGUUUCUGUGUUUAUAACCUUAGUGUUGUGUGUGUACAAUAUAAUUGAGGACAGCAGGUGUUCAGCAUGUUUUUCUUUGUUACAUGUCCAGUUAAAAAAUUGCUGUUCGCCACUAUUAAUGUUAUGCACAUAUUGGAUAUGCCCCCUUCAGAGAUCACAUAACUCAGUGCCUGAUUUCCCCUUCAAUUGUGAAAAUGGAGAUGCUGAUCAUUUUAAUUCCUUUUUGGUUUCAGUGAGCUGUGCAAAGUAAGUCUUAUGUUCAAAGUGCAGUUUUAACAGAUGAAAACAGAGCACAUUCUGUUGGUUUGUGCUCAUACUCUUGCAUCCAGCGCUAAAGGGUUUAAAGCUGAACUCUCCCAUGUUUUUAAAUGUAAUUAUGGGCCUUGGCUACUUGACACCCCUUGCUGGCAGAUUUUAGAUUUUGACCCCCCCCCCUUUCUAUGUGCUGGUAAACCCUGGUGAACCCUAGUCUGAAGUGGCUCACUCUUGGGCUGAACCAGUAUUCUCCAUUUCUGAGGCCUUGGUGGCUUUAAAAAUCCCCCUUCAGAUGUCAGUCGUGUAAGAAGUGCCUGGGCCAUUCAUGUCCUGUCCAUUGUGCAGGUUUGCUGGUUGAAGCACGUUGCCAGUUUAACAAUUGAAAUAACUAGUAUUCUGCUGCAUUCCCCCUACUGAUAUCUAGGCUUAUUCAAAUUGAACAACAAUUUAAUGUGCAUUAUCCAUCUUGUGGUGGGGUGGGGUGGGGGAGAUGUUAUGCGUUUGUAAUAUAGCAGACAAGGUUAAGCUUUCCAAUUCUGUCCCAAUUUUAAGUCUUAAAGAUGGUCCACUGAGGAAGAGGUGAUCCAGCCAUCAGAUUGGUAUUGCUCUAGGAUGGUAGUUUACUGAGAUUAUUUGUGUUUUAGUACUUUUGUAUAUAGUAAAGUAAAAAAAAAACAAUUGACCAGAAUUGGAGGAAACUCGUAGCUGUGAUGGUAAAGCAGAUUAUUAAUGUUUAUAGCUGUUCCCGCCUCCUGUUUUGAGGAGUGCGUUACGUUCAGAGUGCAUUAGAUGCACUGGCCUGCAGUUUGGUGGCAUCUCUCCAUAGCAUUUGUUUGAAGUUCAAAUGGACACGUGGUAGCCAUGCCAUGGAACCCACGACUUGUGGUUUGACCCCGUUACUUGCAGAUCUGUGACCAACUGCUGUUUUCAGCACUUCAUGCCUGACUAGAAUGCGUGCAGCUACUUUUGUUACGUACUUUUUCCUUAGGGCUGGGACUAUGGCAAUUUUCAAACUAACUGCUUCACGGCUUAAUGGUGCAUCAACGCAUUGACUCAUUUAUGACUCAGUUGACUGAUACAAUAGUCCUAGGGUUUUAUUUAACCUAUGCUGAUACUGGGUUAGGGCAUUUUGAUGUGCAAUACACAACUGACUAAACUACUAGCUAAGAUUAUUUAUAUAUUAAAUUAGAACUUCACAUAAAUGCAGAUGUGAGGAUUUCUGUGAGCCCACUUACUACAUCAUGCAAGUUUUAUAAAGUUAACAUACGAAUUUAGUUUAAUUUACUUGAGCUGCCCCUGCACCAGUGAGUUCAUAUGCAUAAUAUAGAUAUGCAGACCAAAAGCCUUUAUUGGCUGCUGGCAAUUGGCAAUAAAUUGUGUGGUUUCCUUUUCAUAGUUUGUGGUUGGGGUGGGAGUGGAAGAGCUCACCUCCAUUUAUGAAAGCAUAGAAAUCCUUGAGCAAAAUUCAAAAGGUGUCAUGUUUGUUGUCUGGCAUUAUAAAUUGCGUUAAAGAAAACCGAGUAAAUUUUGCACGUUAACUGCUUAUAAAAUCCAAUAGAUUGAUGCAGUAGUCCCAGCUCUAUUUUUAAUUUUUGGUGUUUUUCAUUAAAAUUUGUCACAUUUGUGUUUGUUACAAGGAUAUACCGGUAGGUCUUUGAGUGUAUUGUACUAAGAACCUUCAUUUUGCUUUAAAAAAAAAAAAGAAGAAAAUUCAAAGUGUUGGUCUGAGUUAAUACUAUCCUUAUUCAACAUCAUUGUUAUGUAAUGUUUACUACCUUGCUUGUACCCAUUUACAGAGCAUGUAUGAAUUUAGUUCCCAUUCUUAAACAGGAUAAUAUUCCAUGUCACUUUGUGAAUAUUACAUCAUUGGCUUAACUUCUGUAAACCCCUCAAAGCACAGUGCUCAUCCAAAGCAUUUGUAACUUGUGGACUUCAUUUCUUUUCUAGACCAUUCAAUAUUAACAUUAUGCUAUUAAAUAACUGAUGAACAUGACAA